AUGGCGCAGCUGGAAGUGCUGGUGGAGACCUACUCCAUUCCGCUCAGCUUCGUGCUAAAGCGGAAGGCCACUGGCCAGCAGCUAUUCAACAAAGUGGUCGGCCUAUUGGGGCUGAGCAUGAGGCAUCUGUUUGGGCUGCAGUUCCUCGACCGCAAAGGCACGCGCACGUGGCUACGCGCCAGCGAGAUCCUAGGCGGCCGCCGUUUUCGCAAGGAGUCGCCGCUGCACUUUCGGUUCAUGGUGCGCUUCUGGCCGAGCGACGUGCCGGCUCACGUGACCGACGAGCAGGCGCUGGCGCUGCUCUUCCGACAGCUGCAGGCGGCCAUCGGGAGCGGCGAGCUGGCCUGUCCAUUCAGCACGGCCGCCCAGCUGGCCGCCUAUGCCGCCCAGGUGCAGUUCGGCGACUACAGCGACCACUGCCGCCACACGCACUACCAGGACAGCGUCCAACCGCCCACCGUCGUCGGGCCGCAGGAACACCGGUGCUCGCUGACCGGCGAGGCGCACGCCGCCUGGCAGAUGAAGGUGGCGUGCCUGCACAGAAGGCUGACCGGGACCUCACAACGCGAGGCGCUGACCAAGUACUUUCAGCUGGCGCAGGGGCUGGACGGGUACGGCGUGACGUACUUCGAUGUGACCACGGAGCGCGGCGACAACGUCUGGCUCGGGGUCACUGCCCACGGAGUCGGCGUCUACGAGGUCAAACUGACGCCGAAAAUAUGGCUGUCCUGGCCAAACAUGCAGACCAUCAACUUCGAUGGCCACAAGUUCAUUAUCAAGCGAUCGUGCCAUCACAAUCGGAAGUUCGUCUUCUACAUGGCUCGAGAACAGGUCUGCGUGGACCUCAUGACGUUAAUUUCUGGCUACAACCGGUUGGGGAUUUCUGGGCGGCAAUCCAGGCCCUCAUCCUCCACACCUUCUGUGGAAGAGACGGCUCCACCAUCGCCUGGCCAGCAGGUUUCAGAGCGUGCUAACGGCAGCCAGGGAGCCGCCGCCAGCGCGGCAAGUGAGGACAUCAGCUCGAACAACAGCAGUACGCCUGCCUCGUCCGGAUACGGCGAGGGACAACUUUCAAGAAGCGAAACGAUGGAAUCGGAUGAAAUCAUGGCCGCCGCGGCGAGAGAGGAGGCGAUUGAAGCUGAUGUCCAGAUGCUGCAACAUGAAGAAGUGGGUGGCGCCGAGGGCGGGGCUGAGGCAGCCGGUGGUGUGGAAGUUGACUGCGACUGCGACUUCAGCCAGGGACUUAUCAGCGUGUUGAAUGAGCGGUUCGCCGUCCCGGGAAGCAGCUUUGGCAGCAACUCUGCCCGGUCUGUGAGUGACACUGAAGAGGGAUCGACUCUCACAGGCGCAGAACCGGCAGGGAGCGAUCCUAUCUACAUAAACCUACCACAACCCGGAAGUGGCGACUUUAUGGCUCUGAAGCGAGGCAGGAACCGAUUUGAGUCGAGCCUGUCCCUCUCUGAGACUGAGAGCUGGGGCGCCUUCAUCCAGAGUCUGAUGGCCCCCGACUGA